CGCCUGGCCGGCGACGAGCCGGAGCGGCCGGCGGACGAGCUGGAUCCGGCGGCGGACGAGCUCGGCGGCGACAGCCCAGGCGAGGCGAACGGUGGCGGAGGGCCCGGACUAAACGCCUUGCAGCGGCUGCAGCAUGCGCUGGAGAAGAACGGCACGUUUAAUGUGUAUGGCGACGAGGCCGGUGGCGUGGGUGGCACAGAGAUCUACCAGUGCCACCUCUGCUCCUACACGGGUAGCUCCAAGUUCCAUUUCAGCCAGCACAUGCACUCACACUACGACUUCAAGUGUUCGCAGUGCGACUUCAGCACGCACUCGAACGUCAGUCUGAAGGAUCACAUGAAGGAGGAGCACAACAUCGAGAUCAAGGACUACAUGGACGAGCCGGGCGUACGGGUUCCGAGGGUGAACGCUUCGGGCAAGGUGCGCCUGCACAAGUGCAAGUUCUGCGACUUCAAGACAGCCACGCAGGUGGAGCACUGGGAGCACCUGAAGAGCCACAUCGCGCCGGAGAAGCGCUUCUGGUGCCACGUCUGUCCCUUCAUCACUGACGUCAAGCACCACCUCACGUACCACCUCCGCAACCACUUCAACUCAAAGCCUUUCAAGUGCAACAAGUGCGAGUACUCCUGCGUCAACAAGUCGAUGCUGAGUUCUCACAUGAAGUCCCACACCAACUUCUACCAGUACCGCUGCGGGGACUGCAACUUCGCCGCGAAGUAUGCCAACGCCUUGAAGAACCACUUGCGAAAAGAGAAGCACCGCCCGGGAAUGGUUCUGAAUCCAGAUGGCUCCCCAAACCCCUUCGUCAUCAUCGACGUCUACGGCACGCGCCGCGGUCCCAAGAUCAAGAAAGAUGACAACGGCAUGCCGAUCCUACCCUCCUCACUGCAGGAGAACUACGUCAGCUUCAUUCAGACCCAGAACAAGUACAUCACCAGUCCCAACAGCCAGUGUGCCGGCUUCUCCUCUCCGUAUAUCAAGGCCGAGCCGACGAUGGAGGGACCCGAGUCGAAGCUGGCGCUGCCGCGUGGCUUCAUCCGCUGCGACAUGUGCCCGUUCAGCACCGCCGACCGCGACCAGCUGACCAAGCACAUGAUGAAUCACAUGACGCCCGACAGCCAGCAGCACGACGAGACGUCACCGGCCUCCUCCAAGUCGGGCGAGGAAAGCCGCGAGCCUGCCGGCGGUCUGGGCCGGAUGGAACUGCUGCGCAGUGCUCUGGCGCAGCCGGUGCGCCUGCCGCAGGCCGCAUCCCCGCCGCCGCCGUACUUCAGCCGCGCCCUGCAGUCGCCCUUCCUCUACAACCUCUCGCCGCCGUUCUACGAGCGCGCGCCGCCGCAGCGCGAGUCGCCCCAGCCGAGCUCGCCGCCACCUCCGCCGGCCGGCCUCGAGACGGCGCUCGACCUUAGCCGCCUCGGCAAGCGCUCGAGCAGCGACGAGUCGCCGCCGCCGCCGCACAAGCACCGGCGCAAGGGACGCGCCCAGAAGCUGGAGCUGAUCUCGCAGCGGCUGCAGAGCGGCGGUUCUCCGCAGCACUCGGUCGGCAGCCGCGAGCGCAGCAGCUCGCCCGAGCGCAGCCUCGAGGAGCCGGCCGACUGGAAGGCGGCCGCGCACACCUGCCAUAGCUGCGGCAUCGCCUUCAAAGAUCUCGUCAUGUACACCAUGCACAUGGGCUUCCACGACUACCGGCGCCCGUUCAGUUGCAACAAGUGCGGCGAGCAGUGCCGUGACGCCAUUGCCUUUUUCCUGCACAUCGCUCGCGUGCCGCAUUCGUCGUGAGGGUUCGCUCGGCCGCCCGCCGCUGCGGUGCCCGCUGGAGCUGGCAUCGGCUGGGGCGCACAGCUGCGGGACGCUUUGUGUGCAUUUUCGCACGUGGUGGACCGCGCCCGGCUCCCAUCGAUUUGCCGUGUGUAUUUCUGAAAGUACGUUUUGUUGGCUGCCACUGGUGAUUUAGCGGCGGUGCGAGGCUUAAUAGCCAAACGUUUUUAUGCCGUCUUGGGAGUCAGCCUUUCUUUGUUUAUGUGUUGGGGAAAUCGGUAUAUUAUGGGUGGUUGUCCCUGAUUAUCUAGUCUGAACUCAGGAUGUUUAUUGGCUCAACUGUUCUCAGUAGGCUGGGGUAUUGAGUGAACCCAUUUAUUUGUACAAAAUACUGUUUAGAUGUGCUGAGAUGUGCGGCGUGAGUUAGGACCGUCCUACUAUUGAGACAACUCAGGGAAAUCCAGGGUUUUGACGUGAAUGCUUGUGUUAAGUUAUGUUUUUUUCCAAGGGAAACACACAGUCAUAAUCUGGGUUCUUGGUCGUCCGACAGCGCAGUUGUGCCCUGUUUCUGGCUUGCAUCCUCGGAAAACGUUCAAUACGUAAUGUGAUCUUGCAAUAUGCCCCACCGUAUUAUUUAUUCGCACCCCGUGUGUCUCACUGCCUUACAUGGUACACAUUGUUGUGAUUUAUCCUCGAAAGGUAUGCGUUUUGCAACAUUUAACGUGCGAUUCCUGGUGUGUCCUCGGUGUAAGGUGAUGCUCAUCGCUCAGCGAGCUAUCAGUUUUCUUGAAGGGGGGGGGGGGGGGACUGCACAGACUGGCCUCAUAUGCUGUGAGCUCCUCGCAACAGCCUUGAAGCACCAUCCGCAGUACAAAUGCCUCCACGUCAAAGUAAUUACCACUGUGUUAGUAACAGAACGUGCAAAAAUACCUCAGCUACGUGUAUAGUUGGGAGAGUCGCCUUCUUUCCUCUGUAUGGUGUUCAACACAUCACAGUCUGGUUUGGUUAGUUUUGGUUCAAUGUUCUGAGAGCACAGGAGGUUUUAUGACUGUUUUGAAGCAGCCUGCUGGCAAAAAUUUCAUAGGUCAGCUGUUUCUGUGUUUCCGUGACGUUUCAACUUCCAUUCCAAACGGGUUGUUUGGAAAAUUUUGGCACGUUUAAGCCUGCGAGCUUAACCGCACAUAAACAAGAAACCAGCCAAAUGUGUUACUGGCGGUCGUGUUUAACUCUACAGUAUGCUCUGCUGAGAACUUUCCGCUGAUCCGUCGGUAUUUCGAACCAUAAGGGCGCCAGAGAUCUCAAGGUGUAAAAGCGUCCACGCUUCGGUCAGCGAACACUCGGUCAUAUUUCGCCUCCAUGCAUUUGUGCGUGAUCUCCUGGAUGCUACAAUAUAUUGCUGUACUGUGCUGCGUUUUACUAAACGCGCUGAUUACUUGUACAACACAACUACGAAAACGGGUUUUCCAUUGCCAAAUGGUUUGAAAGAAUGCGAUAGUGUUUGACACCGAUUUUGUAAUUUCUUAGGUCUGGAUGUGCGGUCAUCUAUCGUGUAGUGUGGGUGUUGACCAGUACUCUAUAGCAUGCUAACGUCGUGAAUAAACCAAGAAAGUAA